CAGUCGACGGACUUUCUCUGGCCGAGUCACGUCGUGCCAGAGACGGGCGCAUUUUUUUUUUAACUUUCUCACGACGUAAAAGAGAUUCGUUUCUUUGGAAUUUUUCGCACUUUGGGAGAUGGUUUUGAGCUGUGCACCUCUUCGUGAGAGGAUGGAUCGACGGUAGUGCUGUAAUUACGUCCAUCAAGAUGCCUAUAAACAAGGCCAACAACAGUGGCGGAGGCGACAGUGGUGAAUGCUGCCGGUCGACGUCAUUGCCGAUGGAAACGGUAGCCGGCAAUGAUGAAGAGCCCAUCCAGCAGUCGGCAACGGCUGCUGGCAGGCCGUCAUGGACCGUUGGGACCAAAGUGAUCCACAGGGCAUUCGACGAUAUUGCCCUGGAAGAACUCUAUCAAAACUAUUGCCAACGUUCUAGGGAGUCGGACCUCGAUUGUUUCUUCCUGACGGGCUGUCUGGUGGCCGUCCAUUCGGCUGUUAGUUUCUCGUUGAAACAACAGGACCAGGCGCUCCAGUCGCGGGUGCUCAUCGGUGCCGGUGUGUCUAGUGUGGUGGCCGUGGCCCAGGCCUCGCUCGGCUUCUACAUCCGUGGGCGCAAGAAGAAGAAAAACUCGGCCGCCGCUGCCACCGCCGGUCGACAGGCCGAUCAACAGGCAGCAGCAGCAGCAGCCGCCGCCGCCGUUGUGACCUCCACCGGCCGUCUCACCUACGCCUCUUGGCUGUUGGCCAACAUGUUGAUCCUGGGUCUUUUGGCUUUCGUUCCGUCGUCCGAUCAAGGCAGCAGGGCCCUCACUUGGCUUCUUUUAAUAAACUUUUUGACCUGUGUCACACUGCCGUUGAGACUGCGAGUUUGUCUCUUCUUGACCUCCAUCACCAGUCUCCUCUUUCUCGCCGUGUCGGCCUUCACGUCGUGGGAUGAGGCCGGCAUCCAUCGGCCUACUCUUCAUCAACAGCUGAUGGGAGAAACGAUCCUGCUCGUCGGUUCAAUAAGUCUCGGUUUGGUGGCUUAUCUCGUGGCCGACAUCCGAUUGAGAAGGGCCUUCCUCGACACACGCCAAUCGUUCGAAAUGCGACUGACCAUCGAGAGCCAAGCCAGAGAACAGGAGCAAUUGCUGUUGUCUGUGCUGCCCGAACACGUUGCCGUCAAGAUGCGUCAAGACCUUGGAACAGCUCACGACGGCCAAUUCAAAAAGAUCUACAUGAGUCGACACGAAAACGUCAGUAUACUCUUUGCGGACAUUGUUGGUUUUACGGCCAUCUCGUCGACUUACCCGGCAUCGGAAUUGGUCCAUAUCCUCAACGAGCUAUUUGCCCGUUUUGAUCGUCUCUCUCAGAGAUAUCAUCAAAUGAGAAUCAAGAUUCUUGGCGACUGCUAUUAUUGCAUUUGUGGAGCACCGGUGGAGCGACCUGACCAUGCCGUUUUAUGUGUGUACAUGGGCUUAGCCAUGAUAGAUGCCAUCAAAUGCGUUCGUGAGUCUACCAGCUCCCCGGUGGACAUGCGAGUUGGAAUCCACACUGGGGCCGUAUUGGCUGGCGUCCUAGGUCAACGUCAGUGGCAGUUUGACGUUUACAGUCAAGAUGUCGAGUUGGCCAACAAGAUGGAGAGCAGCGGCCAACCCGGUCGGGUUCACGUAUCCAGCCGGACGUUGAGCUUCCUUGGCGAUGAAUUUGAAGUUGAAGCGGCUCACGGAGAGAAACGAGAGCAGGUCCUCCGCACAGCCGGAAUCGAGACCUAUUUCAUCCUGCGUGCCCGCAAUGAAAUUAAUCUUCCGGCGGAAGAGGAAUCCAGCAAAGUGAUCAAUGACCAUUCAGAGGCCACGACAAUGGCCGUUUCUAAAGUUCUGUCCACUAACAAUUACAUCCCUGAAAUGAUUGGUGAUGCCGUAGCAGUGAAUACUGUCUGCCAGGCAUCCGAUCCAUCCGGCAAUUGGUGUAGCUGUUUCCAGCGUUGCAGCAAAGUAGACAAAACGUCUUUGGUGGUCGUUGGAGAAUCUGCCGGAGAAAAUCGGAGCUUGCUACGCCCAAAUCACUUGAAUGAACAACAGCAUUUCGGACCUGUAGGAAUCGCCGUCAGAAGGUCGUCGACCAGUAGUGGUGCAAUCCCGACGAAUUUGCUGACGCAAACAUUCGUCGAUCCGGAACGAGAGGCUAAAUACCGUCUGCAUCGCGACGCCACGGCCGUCUACAAUCUGCUGGCCUUACCGCUAGCCUUGACUUGGUUAGCCUUUUUCGCCCUGGCAACUAGUCCGUGGAGUCCAGUGUUUAUCCUGUUUUUCCCACUCAUUGCCAGUCUGCUUCUGCUGGUAGUCGUCGGUGUAGCCGAUACAUGGGAAAACUGCGAUUCCGUGGGCCAAGUGAAGAAGAUCAGUGCACUCGUUAAUGGCAAGUUGGGACUACGUUGCUGCUUGGUUAUCCUGGGAAUCCUUUUGCUGGUUGGAGCACAUUUAAGCGGACAGGGAUUCAAUCGGACUUUCCCCUGUCCCACUGAAGCGUCACUGGUUCUAAUCAGCGUGGCCAUGGUUCCUCAUUUGGCCAGUUAUUUCAAAGGAACAUUUCUGCUACUGUUAUCGGCUGUUUACAUUUGUCUACCGUGGCUUCAUUAUCAACCGACGUUGGACGCUCCCUGCUGGUUCCAUAGGGACGGUCUUCACAUCCAAGAGUUGAUCCUGGCCAGUUGCGUUCUACUGGUGACAUCUUUGGUACUGUUUUCCUUAACGAGACAGCUCGAGUCAACUUCACGCAGCCUUUAUACUAACUGGGCUGGAAUAGAGGAGCAAAGAGAGAGAGCAGCGGAUCUGGGUCGACGGAACCAGGCUUUAUUGUUCAACAUACUGCCGGCUCACGUCGCCCAGCAUUUUUUGCGCAAGGACAUCCAUCAACGCGACGAGCAAUUGUACAGCCAAAGCUACACGAGCGUAGGUGUCCUCUUUGCAUCCAUACCGAAUUUUUCCGAGUUCUAUUCAGAAGAAACUGUCAAUAAUCAAGGACUAGAAUGUCUGCGUUUCCUUAACGAAGUCAUCUCCGAUUUCGAUGCGCUUUUAGAUCAGAGUCAGUUCUCAGAAAUGACGAAAAUCAAAACGAUCGGUUCGACCUACAUGGCAGCCAGUGGAUUGAACAUUACAUUACAGCCAAAGGAAGAUGAGGAUAUCUUGACACGUUGGAAACAUUUGGCGCUCCUUGUCGAGUUCGCCCUGUCUAUGCAGCGGACUCUCCAAAAUAUUAACGAUCAAAGUUUUAAUCACUUUGUCCUCAGAAUGGGCAUCAACCACGGUCCGACGACUGCGGGAGUCAUUGGUGCCACAAAGCCACAUUACGACAUUUGGGGCAAUGCGGUUAACGUUGCAUCGAGGAUGGAGAGUACUGGUAAAGCCGGAUGUAUUCAGGUGACGGAGGAGACGAGCGCCAUCCUGCGUCAUUUUGGUUACCAAUUUGAACAGCGCGGUUUGGUCUUUGUGAAAGGCAAAGGCCAAUUACUGACUUAUUACUUAAUUGAAUCAGACACCAGUGUGACCUAAUCGCGUACCGACAUUUUGGUUGAUGCUUUUGUCGACGUGAAGAGAAAAAAAAACAAUCAUGAAUCUCAUAGUUUUUUCAAUCUGUGUCAUUUCAAUGCCCAAUGUUUCAUUUCUGAAAAUUUAUUAUUGUUAUUACACCACAAAAGGCUCGAUUACCACAAUUACACAACGUUAUGGACGUCUCAUCAUAA